CCUCCCCUUUUUUUCCGCCUUCUGCCAGCAGUAGCAGCAGCCGCAGCACCUGAGCCGCUGCCGCCGUUCGCUCAGGACAGCGCUAUGGCUGAGCCGGGGCUCAGCCUUCAUCCCUCUGCCGGAGGCAGGGGAAGACCUGAGCGGCGCACACUCCGGCUUCUGCGGCUGCUGCUCUGGGUUGGGACCGCCUUCCAGGUGACCCGGGGAGCGGGACCGGAGCUUCACGCCUGCAAAGAGUCUGAGUACCACUACGAGUACACCGCGUGUGACAGCACGGGAUCCAGGUGGAGGGUCGCCGUGCCGCACACCCCGGGCCUGUGCACCAGCCUCCCCGACCCUGUCAAGGGCACUGAGUGCUCCUUCUCCUGCAAAGCUGGGGAGUUUCUGGACAUGAAGGACCAGUCCUGCAAGCCGUGCGCCGAGGGCCGCUACUCCCUCGGCACGGGCAUCCGGUUCGACGAGUGGGAUGAGCUGCCCCAUGGCUUUGCCAGCCUCUCAACCAACAUGGAGAUGGAGGACAGCACCACUGAGUCCACGGAGAACUGCACUGCGUCCAAGUGGGUUCCCCUGGGUGAGUACAUCUCCUCCAACACGGACGAGUGCACAGCCACGCUGAUGUACGCCGUCAAUCUAAAGCAGUCUGGCACGGUCAACUUCGAGUACUACUACCCAGACUCCAGCAUCAUCUUUGAGUUUUUUGUUCAGAAUGACCAGUGCCAGCCCAAUGUGGAUGACUCCAGGUGGAUGAAAACCACAGAGAAAGGAUGGGAAUUCCACAGUGUCGAGCUAAACCGAGGCAAUAAUGUCCUCUAUUGGAGAACCACAGCCUUCUCGGUGUGGUCCAAAGUCUCCAAGCCUGUGCUGGUGAGAAACAUCGCCAUAACAGGGGUGGCCUACACUUCAGAAUGCUUCCCCUGCAAACCUGGCACAUAUGCAGACAAGCAGGGCUCUUCGUUUUGCGAACUUUGCCCAGCCAACUCCUAUUCAAACAAGGGGGAGACGUCCUGCCACCAGUGUGACCCUGACAAGUACUCAGAAAAGGGUUCCUCCUCCUGCAAAAUGCGCCCAGCCUGCACCGACAAAGAUUACUUCUACACACACACAGCCUGUGAUGCCAACGGAGAGACCCAGCUCAUGUACAAAUGGGCCCAGCCGAAAAUCUGUGGUGAGGAUCUCGAGGGGGCCGUGAAGCUGCCCGCCUCUGGCGUCAAGACCCGCUGCCCGCCCUGCAACCCAGGCUUCUUCAAGACCAACAACAGCAGCUGCGAGCCCUGCCCUUACGGCUCUUACUCCAACGGCUCCGAUUGCAGCCGCUGCCCAGCUGGGACUGAGCCUGCCGUGGGAUUCGAAUACAAAUGGUGGAACACGCUGCCCUCAAACAUGGAAACCACCGUUCUCAGUGGGAUCAACUUUGAGUACAAGGGCAUGACGGGCUGGGAGGUGGCUGGUGAUCAUAUUUAUACAGCUGUUGGAGCCUCAGACAAUGACUUCAUGAUUCUCACUCUGGUUGUGCCAGGAUUCAGACCUCCACAGUCGGUGAUGGCAGACACGGAGAAUAAAGAGGUGGCCAGGAUCACGUUUGUCUUUGAGACUCUCUGUUCUGUGAACUGUGAGCUCUACUUCAUGGUGGGUGUGAAUUCUAGGACCAACACUCCCGUGGAGACAUGGAAAGGUUCCAAAGGCAAACAGUCCUACACCUAUAUCAUUGAGGAGAAUGCUACCAUGAGCUUCACCUGGGCCUUCCAGAGGACCACUUUUCAUGAGACGGGCAGGAAGUACACCAAUGACGUCGCCAAAAUCUACUCCAUCAAUGUCACCAACGUCAUGGACGGGGUGGCCUCCUACUGCCGUCCGUGUGCCCUGGAAGCCUCUGACAUGGGCUCCUCCUGCACCUCAUGUCCUGCUGGCUACUACAUCGAUCGGGACUCAGGAACCUGCCACUCCUGCCCCCCUAACACAAUCCUGAAGGCCCACCAGCCUUAUGGCAUCCAGGCCUGCAUGCCCUGUGGUCCAGGGACCAAGAGCAACAAGAUCCACUCUCUGUGCUACAACGACUGCACCUUCUCACUCAGCACCCCGACCAGGCUUUUGGAGUACAACUUCUUGGCUUUGGCAAACACCAUCUCUCUGGCUGGAGGGCCAAGCUUCACUUCCAAAGGGCUGAAGUAUUUCCAUCACUUUACCCUCAGUCUGUGCGGAAACCAGGGUAAGAAAAUGUCUGUGUGUGCCGACAACGUCACUGACCUCCGGAUCCCUGAGGGUGAGUCGGGUUUCUCCAAAUCCAUCACAGCCUACAUUUGCCAGGCGGUCAUCAUCCCCCCGGAGGUGACAGGCUACAAGGCUGGAGUGUCCUCGCAGCCUGUCAGCCUGGCCGACCGACUUAUCGGGGUGACAACAGAUAUGACUCUGGAUGGAAUCACCUCCCCAGCUGAACUUUUCCACCCGGAGUCCUUGGGAAUACCGGACGUGAUCUUCUUUUAUAGGUCCAAUGAUGUGACCCAGUCCUGCAGUUCUGGGAGAUCAACCACCAUCCGUGUCAGAUGCAGCCCACUGAAACCCGCCCCUGGAAGUCUGUCGCUGCCAAGUGCAUGUUCCGACGGGACCUGUGAUGGCUGUAAUUUCCACUUCCUGUGGGAGAGCCUGGCUGCUUGUCCGCUCUGCUCCCCUGCUGACUACCACGCUAUUGUCAGCAGCUGUGUGGCUGGGAUCCAGAAGACUACUUAUGUGUGGCGAGAACCAAAGCUGUGUGCGGGUGGCAUCUCCCUGCCUGAGCAGAGAGUUACCAUCUGCAAAACAAUCGAUUUCUGGCUGAAAGUGGGCAUCUCUGCAGGCACCUGUACUGCCAUCCUGCUCACCGUCUUGACCUGUUACUUUUGGAAAAAGAAUCAAAAAUUGGAGUACAAGUACUCCAAGCUGGUGAUGAAUGCUACCCUCAAGGACUGCGACCUGCCAGCAGCCGACAGCUGUGCCAUCAUGGAAGGCGAGGACGUGGAGGAUGACCUCAUCUUUACCAGCAAGAAGUCACUCUUUGGGAAGAUCAAAUCAUUUACCUCCAAGUUGAUGGACUGUUUGGGCCUUUUAACUUCCAGAAGGAGUAUUGAACCAUCCACGUUCAGCCAGCUCCUGUCACCAUCUCUCUUUCAGAGGACUCCUGAUGGAUUUGACUCCGUGCCACUGAAGACAUCCUCAGGAGGCCCAGACAUGGACCUGUGAGAGGCACUGCCCUGCCUCCCCCACCUCCUCCCCUGGGCGCAUCACCUUGCAAGCCUGUGGCGAUUUGGGUGCCAGCUUCCUGCUGGAAAUCUCUUCAUUGUGGCCUUAUCAGAAGAAGUUUGGAUUUCAGAUAUUUGGUUUUUUUAUAGAGUACCCAAACCCUCCUUUCUGCUUGCCUCGAACCUGUCAAAUAUACCAUCACUUUGUUUGUAUAUCGCUCCCUUGCUUGCAUCUUGUUUCCCAGAAUGGUCCAGCCACGAGAUCCAUAGCUUCGUCUGCUCAUAAUUCGUAUAGCUCCGGAAUGAAAAUAUUUCUCUCUUCUUAAAUAUAGAAGCAACUUCCUCUGUCCUUUUACUUAAGGGCAGAAGCAGCUGGAAGUUUUUCUGAUGAUAUGCCCUCAGCUCAUGAUGUCUUCAGGAGGGAGGCUGUGUAAGGAGGGUGUUGGCGUUCCCUCCUGGAUCGUCAUGGUAGCCUGGAUUCUUCUCUCCUGGAUAAGGAGAGACUUGAGUUUCGUGGAUAGGCUGAGGGCAAGGUGAGGAAGUCUGGGGAAGAAAUGGCUCGAUAAGCACAAAGAGAGGCAAUAAGGAAUUUUUGUUUUGUUGUUUAAACUAGGUACUUUAUUCCCUUUUUCUUAGUGAUAGUCUCACAGGAUGAAAAAGUGCACCAAGAAAGUGCCAAAAGCCCUGGUGAACCUAUUCUCCCCAUUUUUUUUUAACGUCCCACCAUCUCCCUGACACUAAAGAGAACCAGGUAAGCCCCAAACACAGGUGUUCUAGCUUUCUUCUCUGCUUGCUUUUACCCACAGAGAUGACAAACCCUACCAGCAAGGAAGAUUUCCUGUCCUUGAGGGCCCCAUUUGUAGAGGCUUGAGCCAUAUCUUAUGGCUCAGGAGUAACUUACUUUGAAAGGGGUAUCUUAUUUUGAAAGACCACGAGGAGGCCAAGGUUUUAGUGGGGUCAUGGGGGGCUGGGGGGGGAUCCAGCCCACAGUGGGAUGGACCCGAGGUGGUCAAGAUGUCUGCUUCUAAGCUCAACUCAUCUGCCCAGCUACAGAAUAAACAUUUUCUAGGCCGGCCAAAACCGGAAUUAACUCCAGCCCAUACCAUAGCCAGAGGACCAGGUCAGUCUUCACGGAGAAAAGACGGGGGGAAUUGAAUAAGAUGUUUAGCAAACCGGAACACCUCACACUUUCAAGUCCCUAGCCUUCUCUUCUUCCUGUUCUCAUUUCUUAUGUGUGCUAAAACACAAAAAAGACUUCUAGUCCCAAUUUCUGGCAGCAUCCCUUCUGAAAGGUGAGUAAAGUGAGUGCCCUCCGUGCCCCCUUUUCUCCACUUUGACACCCAGUAUAAUCGAUGGACUUCAAGUAACUACAACGGCAAAACCAGUGCAAGAGUUUAAAUUCUUGUUUUCUUCUUACUCCUGGUGGUUCUCCCUCCCUUGCUAUCAGGCUGGCAUGACCGUCCCUUGGUCAAGGGCCCAGUCGCCCUUGGUUGUGCCUAUCUCCUUUUUUGAGUGGCCACCUGGUGCCCAGAGGAUAGGUAGAGAAUGGGGAUGGCAUUUCAGAGUGGUUUGUCUGCCAAAAAAUGGUCUGCUGAUCUGAUUAGGCAUUGCUGCCCUGGCAGUGGCCUAUAAAAGGGUCAGUGAGAACCGGGCCCUGCUCUGACAGUAGCAUCACGGAAGGCAGGCAGUCCCUUUGGUUCAAUAAAUCUAGAAGCUUUGUUGGAGGGUGUGCUCCUCUUGUGGGAGACAGGCUCUCCGACCCUGUAGCAACGUUGGAAUUUCUCCCGACGGAUGCUGACGCCUAGCUCCUGAAUCCAGCCAAAAGUUCCGUAGCCUCAGCAACACCCAGAAAGCACCUGCUUUCCCACUGAAUAACUUUCUUUUGUGACAAGAGCCAUACGAGGUCCUCAGACUACUCUGGAAGCAGUAGGAAAAAAUAUCUACCCUGUUGACUUCUUUAUUCUGACAUCUUGAAACUGAAUGCCCCCAGAGCAGCCUUGAACUCCACUGAUUUGGUCAUAAUGCUUUAAGCAUCUCCCUUUAUCUAUCCCUUAGUGUACCGACUUCUACAGAUCUUCCCUGUGACUUGCCAGGAGCUCCUGAGUUAUGAUAUUAGGGUUUGCCUGUUGCUUAGACAUAUUUGGUAUUUUUUAACAGCCCUAUUGAGAUAUAAUUCACCUACCAUACAAUUGGCUCAUUGAAAAUGUACAAUUCAAU